AUGCUUACGCGAACUAUUAUUCCCAUUAACCAGAAUUGGCAGUUCAAACAAGCCGAGAAGGAUGAUGCUUCCUACCUGGCCGUGUCUCAAUUUCCCACACACAUUCAUCUUGAUCUUCUCCACCAUAAACUCAUUCCAGAUCCUUAUAUUGGCCAGAACGAGAACGAAGUUCAGUGGAUAGGCGAAACGGCCUGGACAUACAAAACAAUCUUCUCUUCACCAGGGACCAAUGGCAGGGCAAAGGCCGUACUUGCCUUCGAUGGGCUUGACACUUUUGCCACAGUGGUCCUGAACGGCAAGAUAAUACUAGAAGCUGACAACAUGUUUGUUUCUGAAAGGGUUGAUGUCAGCGAUGUAUUGAGAAAGACUGGUGAUAACGAGCUGGUCAUUACGUUUGACGCUGCGUACCUUCGUGGCUGGAAGGAGAUUGAGAAGCAUCCGGAUCACAAGUGGGGUUGCUGGAAUGGGGAUAUUUCUCGUCUUGGUGUAAGGAAAUCCCAGUACCAUUGGGGCUGGGAUUGGGGUCCCGAACUAAUGACCUGUGGUCCCUGGCGACCGAUUCACUUGGAAUUGUACGAAUCUCGCCUGGCCGACUUGCAUGCUGAAAUUGAUGUUGAAUCUUCUCUCAAGAGCGCCAGAGUAGUGGCCCAUGCUAUAGUUGAGGGUACCGCAUCGCAUGUCCGCUUUAACAUAUCUUUCGGCAAUAAGAGUGUCUCGUCCGAGACAGUUCGCAUCAAGGACGGCGAGGCUGUGGCUACAUUCAAGGUCCAGAACCCGGAGCUCUGGUAUCCAAUUCGAUACGGCAGCCAGCCACUCUACACUAUUAAGUCGACGUUACUAGACGAAAGUGCCGAACUGGACUCUUCGUCCAAGAGGAUCGGUCUGCGCAAAGUUGAGCUAAUCCAGCGGCCUCUCCUUGACCAACCGGGAACGACUUUCUUCUUUCAAGUGAACAACAUUCCUAUUUUUUGUGGAGGCAGUAACUGGAUUCCUGCAGACAAUUUCAUACCUCGUAUAUCCAAGGAACGAUACUACGAUUGGGUCAAGAUGGUCGCGAAUGGCAACCAGUUCAUGCUGCGUGUAUGGGGCGGGGGCAUCUAUGAAGAAGAACCUCUUUAUGAUGCUUGUGAUGAGCUUGGUAUCUUGGUCUGGCAAGACUUCAUGUUUGGCUGUGGAAACUACCCAGCGCAUACUAGCUUCCUGAAAUCAGUCGAGCGAGAAGCUCGUCAAAAUGUCAAGAGACUGCGCCACCAUCCUUCAAUAGUUAUUUGGGCUGGCAACAAUGAAGAUUAUCAGUAUGCUGAGAGUGAAAAGCUUGGCUAUGAUCCAAAGGAUGAAUAUCCCGACAAUUGGCUACAUAGCAAUUUCCCUGCGCGAUAUAUUUACGAAAAAGUCCUACCAGACAUAUGCAGGGAAUUGAUUCCAAGCACUUACUAUCAUCCAGGGAGUCCUUGGGGUGGUAAAAACACCACCGAUCCAACGAUGGGGGAUAUUCAUCAGUGGAACGUCUGGCAUGGCUCACAGGAGAAGUACCAAAACUUUGACAAGCUCGUUGGUCGAUUCGUUUCCGAAUUCGGAAUGGAGGCAUUCCCAUCCAUUAAGACUAUCGAAUCGUACCUACCCAAGGGUAAGAAUGACCCUGAACGAUUUGCUCAGUCUGCUACCGUCGACUUCCAUAACAAGGCUGCUGGCCAUGAGCGCCGCCUCGCCUUGUACUUGGUGGAGAAUAUUCGCUACGCCCCCGAUCCUUUGGAAUACUAUAUAUACUGCACGCAGUUGAUGCAAGCUGAAUGCAUUGCGUCGGCGUACCGACUAUGGAAGCGAGAAUGGAGAGGUCCCGGUCGCGAGUACUGCGCCGGCGCUCUCGUGUGGCAAAUUAAUGAUUGUUGGCCAGUGACAUCUUGGGCGAUUUGCGACUAUUAUCUGCGCCCAAAACACGCAUAUUACACGGUCAAACGAGAAAUGGCACCCAUUUCGGUUGGCAUGACACGACGAGAGCACACUCAUGCCAAGGACAAGUAUACUCGAGUUCACAUUGAGAGGGAGAUCAAGAUUGAGAUCUGGGGCUCCAACCUGAAUCUGGAAGACUUGACAGCAGACUGUGUCGUAAAGGCUUGGGAUGUAGAAACUGGACGUGAAACAUACUCACACACUGUCUCUACAAGGCACUUCUUCCCAGCCAAUGCUUCAACCGAGAUCAUCUCGAUGAACGUCCCCGUCACCAACAAGAAUGUAGGUGAAGAAGGUAGAACUGUGAUGGCGGCAUAUCUAUACCAAGAGGGCAAACAAAUCGCCCGCUAUGUCAACUGGCCAGAGCCACUGAAGUACCUGCACCUUCAAAAGCCAAAGCAUCUGAGGGCGCAACUUUGCACGACUAGGGAUGCAAUUGAACUCAGUGCCGAAGUGCCAGUCAAGGGCGUCGCCGUGGAGUGCGACGACGACAACGUCAAGUUUGAUGAUAAUUUGAUCGACAUUGUGCCAGGUGAAAUUGUGUCUAUCGGUGUAAAGGGAGUUAUCAAGGACACUAAAUUUACGACACAAUACUUGAACAUGUUGGGCUGA